AUGCUGGAUGAAAAUAACCAUCUUAUUCAGUGUAUAAUGGACUAUCAGAACAAGGGAAAAGCAUCUGAGUGCUCCCAGUAUCAGCAGAUGUUGCAUACGAACCUGGUAUACCUUGCUACGAUAGCAGAUUCUAAUCAGAAUAUGCAGUCCCUCCUGCCAGCCCCGCCCACACAGAAUAUGCCUAUGGGUCCUGGAGGGAUGAGUCAGAGCGGACCCCCGCCCCCUCCCCGCUCUCACAACAUGCCUUCAGAUGGAAUGGUGGGUGGGGGCCCUCCUGCCCCACACAUGCAGAACCAGAUGAACGGCCAGAUGCCUGGACCUAACCAUAUGCCAAUGCAGGGACCUGGACCCAAUCAGCUCAACAUGACAAACAGUUCCAUGAAUAUGCCUUCAAGUAGCCAUGGCUCCAUGGGAGGUUACAACCAUUCUGUGCCAUCAUCCCAGAGCAUGCCUGUGCAGAACCAGAUGACAAUGAGUCAAGGGCAACCAAUGGGAAACUAUGGUCCCAGACCAAACAUGAAUAUGCAACCGAAUCAAGGUCCCAUGAUGCAUCAGCAACCUCCUUCUCAGCAAUACAACAUGCCACCUGGAGGUGGGCAGCACUACCAAGGACAGCAACCCCCCAUGGGCAUGAUGGGGCAAGUUAACCAAGGCAAUCACAUGAUGGGCCAGAGACAGAUGCCUCCGUAUAGACCGCCACAGCAGGGCCCACCACAGCAGUUCUCAGGCCAGGAAGACUAUUAUGGGGACCAAUACAGUCAUGGUGGACAAGGUCCUCCAGAAGGCAUGAACCAGCAGUAUUACCCUGAUGGUCAUAAUGAUUACGGUUAUCAGCAACCGUCGUAUCCUGAACAAGGCUACGAUAGGCCUUAUGAGGAUUCCUCACAACAUUACUACGAAGGAGGAAACUCACAGUACAGCCAACAGCAAGAUGCUUAUCAAGGACCACCUCCACAGCAAGGGUACCCACCCCAGCAGCAGCAGUACCCAGGGCAGCAGGGCUACCCAGGGCAGCAGCAGGGCUAUGGUCCCUCCCAGGGCGGUCCAGGCCCUCAGUAUCCUAAUUAUCCUCAGGGUCAAGGUCAGCAGUAUGGGGGCUACAGAGCCACACAGCCGGGACCACCCCAGCCACCACAGCAGAGGCCUUACGGGUAUGACCAGGGUCAAUAUGGAAAUUACCAGCAGUGAAAAUAUCCUUACAUUCCAAUAGCCAGUAUCUGUUAGCAGCCAUAUUGUCACAACUUGUGCCCUGUGGACACCUCCCUGCGAAGAUGCCUUCC